GCACGAAGCGCGGUGGCGGUGAGCGGCUUGGUGCUCUGGUUGAUCUUGCCGCUUCACUCAUCGGAUUGGGAUUCGCUGCGAUCUCCGUCGCCAAGAUGUCCGACGACGAACAGCAAGAGCAGACUAUUGCCGAGGACUUGGUUGUGACCAAGUAUAAGAUGGGCGGUGACAUUGCUAACCAGGCACUGCGUGUGGUCAUCGACACAGCCAAGCCUGGCGUGUCUGUCCUCAGUCUGUGUGAGAAAGGAGAUGCUUACAUUAUGGCCGAGACUGGGAAGGUCUUCAAGAAGGAGAAGGACAUGAAGAAAGGCAUUGCGUUCCCCACCAGCGUGUCAGUCAAUAACUGUGUAUGCCACUUCUCUCCCUUGAAGAGCGACCCUGACUACACGCUAAAAGACGGAGACUUGGUCAAAAUUGACCUUGGAGUACACGUCGAUGGAUUUAUCUCCAACGUGGCACAUAGCUUUGUUGUUGGGGCCAGCAAGGAAGCACCUGUGACGGGCAGGAAAGCAGACGUCAUCAAAGCUGCCUACUUGUGUGCAGAAGCAGCGCUGCGUCUUGUAAAACCUGGCAACCAAAACACACAGGUGACUGAGGCAUGGAACAAGAUCGCCCAUUCUUUCAAAUGCAAUCCGAUUGAAGGUAUGCUGUCCCACCAGUUAAAGCAACACAUUAUUGAUGGGGAGAAGACAAUUAUCCAAAACCCCACAGACCAGCAAAAGAAGGACCAUGAGAAAGUGGAGUUUGAGGUCCAUGAGGUAUAUGCUGUAGAUGUACUCAUCAGCACAGGGGAAGGAAAGACAAGAGAUGGAGGACAGAGGACAACAAUCUACAAGCGGGACCCCAGUAAGCAGUAUGGACUGAAAAUGAAGACCUCUAGAAUUUUCUUCAGUGAGGUGGAAAGACGCUUUGACGCCAUGCCCUUCACCCUCAGGGCAUUUGAAGAUGAGGGGAAGGCACGCUUGGGAGUGGUGGAGUGUGCUAAACAUGAGCUUCUGCAGCCUUUCAGUGUCCUCAGUGAAAAAGAAGGAGAGUUUGUGGCGCAGUUUAAGUUCACAGUAUUGCUGAUGGCCAACGGACCUCUGAGAAUCACCAGUGGACCUUUUGAGCCUGAGCUUUACAAAUCUGAGCAUGACGUUCAGGAUCCUGAGCUGAAGUCUUUGAUACAGAGCUCUGCAAGUCGUAAAGCACAAAAAAAGAAGAAAAAGAAGGCUUCAAAGAAUGCAGAAAAUGCAACAGGGCAGCAAGCAGAGAAUGAAGUUGCAGCUCAGUAGUUACCUUCCUAAAACCAAUGUGUUCUUUGACACACACAAACGUUUCUAGCUCCUAGAAAUUGAAUACAUAAAUUUUCCAUUAAAUUGUUGUCCAUUGAAACCUGUGACAAAAAGCCAUCCACAAGUUAGUGUGGUUUGAAAAUAGAAGAAUUUAAAUUGAUUGGUCUGACGAACAAAUCUUUGUACUGAUUUGUACACAACUAUUGGCACUUAUCUUUUUGACGCACUAGGUUUACAUUAAACUGAAACAUUAUAUGUUUUGGAAAUGAAAUUGAUUAAAAAAAUAGCAGUUCUUUUGUAGUAUUAAGAUUUCUGCUGUGGUGAUCUUCUUAAUCUAAUAAAAAAAAAUUCCAGUCUAGUAGCUAAAUUAAAACUGUGCUAGGUUCAUGUAGAGGGAUUAUUGAGCAGUUUAAGCUGUUCGAAAAGUUUCUAAAACCUUGUCAUUCCUCAGGGCUGGAAUAUGAUCUCUAAGCAAAGCCUCACACUUUUAGGGACUAGUAGGUCUCUAUUUGGAUCUAGAGCCCUUCCACAGAGUAUUUAAAUGCUUUUUUUUGGUUGCACAGGGUUAUUAUAACAGCCACGUUCUUUUUUUUUUUUUUUUAAUGGGGACAUUUUUGGAACUAUGGUACACUUAUUUUUAGUAACUGCCAUCACUGUUUCCCCUCCAACCUAACAGUGAGGGAUAUAAACCAGAAAGAAGAUUGGUCUGAUUAAACUCUGUUACCAUUAUCACUCUCUUUGCCUUCACCUUACAUUAAAUAUUCUUGUCUUUUGUCUUAUAUGAAGCUACUACUGAAUCAUAAAAUUGAAAUUAGUCCCUUUAAACAUGCAUUCGAUUAAAGAUAUCUAGUAAGAUAAACAAGAAAAAAUGACUGCUUAACCACUUUUAAGCCCUUUUUGGCAUGUGUGUAGAGGGCGGCCCAAAAGUCGGCAUUCACAGCAUUUACUGUUUGCCUGUGGAAGUCAGUGGUCACUUCUUAAUCUGAAGUAUCCUGUCUUGGACAAGACCAUGAGUUUUAUUUAGUUUUCUCUUGUUGGAUUUAGAAAUCCAACAAGUCCUUAUGGGUCAUGAUAAAAGUAAAAAAGAUUACAUUUCAAAUAGGAAAAAAUGCCCAUGGAUCUAGACUUUUGGGCCCCUAUAUAUACCAGAUCAUACUAACCCUAACCCCUUCAUGCAUAAUGCUUAUUGGGUAAACGUGUAGGUAAACUAUUUAGGUUAAUGUUUUUGAAGAGAAUGACUUAAAAGAGCACAGGGCGGAGACUGCUUCAGUUAACAUAAUCAUGUUAAAUUGUGGUAGUAUUCUUCACAAUGAUUGUCCAUCAUGGACCAGUUUUGCCCAGUCUCAAAUGCAAUCUAAUAUAUUUCAUACCUUACAACAGUUCUAUAAUAAUCUCUAUUCGCCCUGCGAUGGAUUGGCACCCUGUCCAGUUUGUACCCUGUCUCGUGCCCUAAGCCUCCUGGGAUAGGCUCCAGGUCUCCGCGACCCUGAAUACAGGAUAACGCGGUAUAGAAGAUGAGUGAGUUAUCUCUAUUCAAAGCCAUUACUGGUUGUUCUGAAUCACUGUGCUACACCAUUCAGAUUACUGUACUUUAAAGAAUGAUUUUGGAGAAGUAUCUGUGCUGUGGUCCAGAAUUUGGCAGAUCGAUGUAUGACCGGGCAAAACAGGUAGCCUGUGUAGUGAUGUGACUGUGCUGAGCUUGUCUUUGGUUCGACUCCCAGACUUUACUCCUCAGUAGUGCCAUGUGCCUGGGACCAGUCUAGAUUGAUACUAUUCUGAUCUACUAGAAGAAACCAGUAUACGAGACUAUUUUACAUCUAACGAAAUAAAACAAUUUGAAUAUUUUUUCUUCA